AAACAAAAAACAGCAGCAAAACAAAGGAUUUUCUGUCGAUUGCGGCCGCAAAUUUCAGUUUUAUCUGUAAUUUUUAUUUACCACGUAGCAAUUAUCACUGUUUGAUAACCACUUCUGGGCAGUAAUUAUCAUUUAUUAAUUGAUAAAAUCGUAAUAAUGUCUCGGUUCAGCGGAGCCCUACAAUUGACGGAUUUAGAUGAUUUUAUUACGCCGUCUCAGGAAUGCAUAAAACCCGUGAAAAUCGAAACCAAUAAAUCAAAAACUGGAUCAAAAAUAACCAUCCAGGAUGAUGGGUCCUAUAUGCAAGCUACUUCCAGUGGCCUUCAAAAGUUGGAGAAAGUGGAAAUCACGCUGGCCGACUGUUUGGCAUGUUCCGGUUGCAUCACGUCGGCAGAGGGUGUUCUGAUAACGCAACAAAGCCAGGAGGAGCUACUGAAGGUGAUGAAUGAGAAUAAUCUAGCCAAGUUGAACAAUCAGCUGGACUCGGUUCGGUACAUUGUGUUCACUGUCGCGCAACAACCGAUUCUGUCGUUGGCCAAACGAUACAAUUUAGGUCCGGAGGAAACGUUCGAGCGUGUCGCGGGUUACUUCAAGAAACUCGGUGCGGACAUGGUUGUUGAUACGAAAAUUGCGGAUGAUUUGUCACUGAUCGAGAGUCGAAAUGAGUUCGUCGAGCGGCUGAAUAUAAACAGGCAAUCAUUGCCUAUGAUGGCAUCUUCCUGCCCUGGAUGGGUGUGUUAUGCUGAGAAAACACAUGGAAACUUUAUCUUGCCGUACAUUGCCACAACAAGAUCGCCCCAGCAAAUUAUGGGGGUUUUGGUGAAGAAGUAUCUAGCCAAAAUGUUGGGCAUCCGUGGGGAUCGAAUCUACCAUGUGACGGUAAUGCCGUGCUACGAUAAAAAGCUAGAAGCAUCGCGAGAAGACUUUUUCUCCGAAGUGGACAACUGUCGCGAUGUAGACUGUGUGAUAACAUCUAUCGAAAUUGAACAGAUGUUGGACGGAACGGGAAUUCAGCUGCUUCAAACAGUGGAACCGUCACCCAUUGAUUGGCCAUGGGCUACAGCUCGACCGCCUGCCUUUGUCUGGGCGCAUGAGAGUUCAGGAUCGGGAGGAUACAGUGAGUAUAUCUUCAAAUACGCAGCACGCAAGCUGUUCAACAUCAAUGUCGAGCAAGUAGAGUUCAAAAUGCUUCGCAAUAAUGACCUUCGUGAAGCGGUCCUGGAACAAAACGGAGAGGUUUUGCUUCGUUUUGCGAUCGCAAAUGGAUUUAGGAAUAUCCAAAAUAUGGUUCAGAAAUUGAAACGAGGAAAGUGUAAUUAUCACUUCAUUGAGAUAAUGGCGUGUCCUUCGGGUUGCCUAAACGGAGGAGCCCAAGUGCGGCCGAGCAAUAGGCAAACACCGCGCGAAUUGACAGCGGAACUAGAGGCGAUGUACAAGAUGUUACCCCAGUCGAAUCCGGAAAACGCAGCAGUUGAAACGGUUUACACGACCUUCUUGGACAACGCCGGUGACAAUAAUAAGCGGAAAGAGUUUCUCCACACGAGCUAUCACCAGAUUGAAAAGAUGAAUACUGCGCUGAACAUUAAGUGGUGAUUUUUGUUUGUUUGAUAAAUUGUUAUAUAAUCAGGUUAAUGUAAGUUUACUAAAUAUUGAAAGUAAAAUCUGUUUUACCUCA